AUGAUCAGUAAUUGUAUAUUUUACAUUCUAAGUCUUUCUGCAAUCAUCAGUCUAGUUUUUGCCCAAGAUGUUUCAGUAUCGGUUUCCUGCGAUGACAUUCCAACUGGUUCUCUAGAGACUACACCAUAUUCUACAACAGUGAGGGCUGUUCUUCAUAAUGGGGUGAGUGAGCAAAUGGUAUUCGAAUAUUACAAAUCAGUUACAUACGUUGAAGACUGUAACUCAACUCCAUUGGCGGCACAAAGUGCGUCUGCGACAACCAUUACAAUCUUUUAA